AAACAUAUAUUAAUUUUGCUCGCCUCAGCAGUCGUAGGAUUCAUUUGGUGACGUUAACAGCAUUCUUCAAUUCUUGCUACUAACAAGACUGAAACUUUAUCACAACAUGUCAGUUUUAAAGACUUUAUUUGCCGGAAGACAGGCAUACCUCAGGAGAUUUUAUGCCACAGGAUCAAAAUUGAUUGAGACCACACGAGAUAAUGAUACUGGAAUUGACAUUAUAUCCAUGGCAAGAGCACCUGUCAAUAGUUUGAACACAGAACUGUUAAGCGCAUUGAAAACAUCUCUGUCAGAAGCUCAAAACAAUCGCAGCAAGGGCAUUAUACUCACAUCGUCCUUACCAACUGUAUUCUCAGCGGGAUUGGAUAUCAUGGAAAUGUAUAAUACUGAUAAACAGAGGAUGGUCAAUUUUUGGCAGACAUUGCAAGAUACUUGGCUAACUCUUUACAGUCUAAAUAUUCCAACAGCAACUGCUAUUAAUGGUUCUAGUCCUGCCGGAGGAUGUAUGCUGGCAAUAUCCACGGAAUACAGAGUUUUUGUUGAAGGAAAGCAUACCAUGGGAUUGAACGAAACGCAAUUGGGUAUUGUCGCUCCAAAAUGGUUUAGAGAUAUGUAUAUCUCAUUGAUGGGCUAUCGACAAGCCGAACUAGCGCUUUUAAGAGGGUUACAAUUUAAACCUGAAAAGGCUUUGCAGCUUGGACUUGUGGAUGAACUUGCUAAAGAUAAAGCUGACGCGAUUGAAAAGUGCAAGAAUUAUAUUUUAUCCUAUGCUAAUAUAGACAGUACGGGAAGAGCUGCAACCAAAUUAGCAUUACGAAACGACUCAAUACAGUGGCUAAAGGAAAACAAAGAAGCUGAUUUGAACACAUUUGUGGAAUUCACACAAUUGCCAAAAGUCCAAGCUGGACUUAAACUUUAUAUCGAAUAUUUGAAGCAGAAGCAAAAAUAGGUAUUUUGAUAAAAGACUUACUCCUUUAUUCUUGUUAUUUCAAAAAAUAAGAUUUUUAUAUACCAAAAUAUAUAUUUUACACUGA